UGUCUGGCCCCUGGAAGACCUCGAGACUGGGGAAUGGGCGCUCCCCGCCUCUCCAAAGAGCUCCUAGCUCAGCUGGCUUCGGAGUUGAGGCGCGGGGGCACCCAGGGUGCCUAUCGGAUUCCGCCCUCGGAGCGACAGGCGGCCCCGUGCCCAGGUGGGACUUGGCUCAUCUGCCAUGGGCAAGCAGAACAGCAAGCUGCGGCCGGAGAUGCUGCAGGAUCUGCGUGAGAACACGGAGUUCUCAGAGCUGGAGCUUCAGGAGUGGUACAAGGGCUUCCUCAAGGACUGCCCCACUGGCAUCCUCAACGUGGAUGAAUUCAAGAAGAUCUACGCCAACUUCUUCCCCUAUGGCGACGCCUCCAAGUUCGCCGAGCACGUCUUCCGCACUUUUGACACCAACAGCGACGGCACCAUCGACUUCCGGGAGUUCAUCAUUGCCCUGAGCGUGACCUCUCGCGGCCGCCUGGAGCAGAAGCUCAUGUGGGCCUUCAGCAUGUACGACCUGGACGGCAAUGGCUACAUCAGCCGGGAGGAAAUGCUGGAGAUUGUGCAGGCCAUUUACAAGAUGGUUUCGUCCGUGAUGAAAAUGCCUGAGGAUGAAUCGACCCCGGAAAAGAGGACUGAGAAAAUCUUCCGCCAAAUGGACACAAACAAUGACGGCAAGCUGUCACUGGAGGAGUUCAUCCGUGGGGCCAAAAGCGACCCGUCAAUCGUGCGCCUGCUGCAGUGCGACCCCAGCAGCGCCUCCCAGUUCUGAGCUGGGGAGGAACAAGCUCGCCGCCUCCCUGCCUUCACCGGCCCUCUGCUUCCUCUCCCUCGUGUCUGUCCAGGCUGGGGGCCAGACUGGGGACCCCCUUCUGGGGUCUGCACUGUGGGAGGCCUCUGGAGAAGCGAACCCUGCAAGGAAGGGGCUAAGCAAGACAGCCGUUAGGACCCACGGCCCAUGAGGCAGAAUCUCCCUUAGUGGGACCGAGAUGACUUUUUUUUUUCUGUCCCUAUUCCAUAUUCUUUAUUCAGACGGUUGGAUUACCUUCCACCAACCCACAGAUCUGAGGCCCUUCUACAACGCAGGGGUUGGGGGACGUUCCCUUUGGGUGACCCUCAGCCUGGAGGGAGGUGGAGAGGGGCCCAGGUGAAGUCUUUGGGUUUGGUGGGGAGACAUAGCAGAUUCUUGGGCUGUGGGGCUUUGAGGAAAUUCCCUACAGAACACUUCCUGUCCCAGCUCUUGCUGGCUAGAGACCAUGGUAAAAAAAAAGAUCUCCCAGGGUUCCAACUGGGGGGGGGGGUCCCCAAACCUAGCCUGCCUCUUAGCAUUCGGAUGAUCACAGAUUUAAGCACCCUGUAUUCUUUAUCUCACCCUCUUUCACUCCCAUGUGCGCCCCCCCCACACGCACGCACGCACGCACACACGCACGCACGCACGCACGCACACACGCACGCACGCACGUGGGCAGAGUCCCUCCACAGCAUUCUGUGUAGGAAAGACGUGCAGGCCCCUGGCAAAGCCCCCAUCUCCCUCUGCAUGCAGCACAUGGAGCAUCUCUGUUCUUUUUAAUAACUUCCAAAUAAAGUCUUGUUUCAGUGCA